GCUGUCGUGUUUGAUGACAAAUUUGCAAAUGAUCCAUUGAACUGCAAUGAGAUUGCGUAUGCAAUUCGUUUGUCCAAUACGAAGCGUCGAUAUAGCAGUGGAUUAGGUAUGGGAUUUGAGCCGUGGGACACAACACUUAAUUUUGCUAUUCAGUUCAUUUCUGGACCAGUCAAUGGCGAAGAACCGGAUGGAGGUGAUCCAGUAAUUAUCAAAGCAGUUUCACUGAAAUGUUUACCCAAAAUACUUCUCUACUGUUUACUAGGGUAUUGGCAAGAAGGAUUUUUAACUCUACAACGAGCGAUCGAUGUUGCCAUCCAGGAAUAUCUCACCAAUAGACCAGCCACGGGAUUGGAUCAGCUUAACGUUAAGGUGUGA